CACGCUUUUGUUUAGRGUCUGAAAGAAGACUUUUCCUUGCGCGYUGUUUGAUAAUUUGGAAACACAUCGUUUAAAAAAUCAACUUAUCGUGGCUCUGACCUGAGGGMAAUCAAUCAUAGUUUAGGAAUCUGGUGGUUUUGAGGAGAAUUUAGCACAGACAGUGUUCAAGACGAUCAACAUGUCAGCUCAACAGCGAAAUCGACCCCAGAUUGCAGCUAUGUUCCGCGGGCCGGGACCUGCAAAAUAUCUUCUGCCUGGCACUUGUGGRUAUACUGUACAUGAUCCUAGUAAGAACAAGAAACCAGCGUACAGUUUUGGCUUGAAAUCAUUUUCAAAUAUCAAAAGUACAGGUCCUGGACCAGCUUAUCUUGUCCCGUCGAACAUGACCCGCACUGGCAAAGAUGGCACCCCAGCUUAUACUCUGCACGAUAGAACUUCCUUACUGAAUUCUUUUCAAACUCCGGCUCCAGGCGCAUAUGCACCAGAGAAACAGCAAGUACCCCGUCAAAGAACAGCUCCAUCAUACUCUUUUGGAUUGCGAACACCAUACUCAAGACGGGACCCAACUCCUGCAGCUAAUGCCUAUUCUCUCCCAAAUAUCCUGGGACCAAAAUCUGUUGGUAAAARAUCUCUUCCAGCUUAUUCCAUGACAGGAAGAUCAAAAAUUGGAGGAUUUCAUGAAGAUUUGCAGAGGACUCCAGGUCCAGGGACAUACAAAGUAACAGACCCCAAUAUCUUCAAAAACAGAAAACCAAUUUUUUCAAUGAAUGGUCGCAACUUUAUACCUGGUGAUAACACACAGAAACCAGGUCCUGGAGCUCAUUAUCCAGAAAGAGUUUAUAUUACAAAAAGAGCAGCACCAGGUUAUACGUUUGGACAAAGGCAUUCAGAAUAUAUUGCUCCCCUUAUUGUGGACCCUGUYGACUGAUGUACAUGUAUAAACAGUGCAUAUCUUAAUAUAUCAUACAUUUGGCGCUGCCUUCUUUAGCAAAGUAUAUAUAUUCUUCUUAGGAAACUAUUUCAAAGUUUUGGUGUUGUCUUUUUCGAUUCUCUUGUGAAAACUUUGUCCUUUGGCAUGGCAGCCUWCAGUAAGGUAUCCCCUUCUUCUGCAUCAUUACAAGUUCAGAUCAUAGUAAUAGAGUACAAAUUUCAAAUUGUUGUUUUUAUUAUCAUUUUUUAGCAUAAUAAUGAUAUUUCUUUAGCUUUUGUUGUGUGAUUAUGAUCGUCUUUGUUGCCUCAGGAUUCCACAUAAAGUCUAAUUGAUACAUUAAGUAYUCUGGAAUGACUUUAAAGCAAUCAAUAUUUUUGAAAAAAAUUUCUCCAUCAUAWUGCAUUAUUCAAAAGGUCAUAUAUAUCACAUUGUUGAUAUUUUUUGAUCAUAUUUUUCUAUUUCUGGCAUGAAAAACUAGAAAAUUUCAGAUUAAUCAGAUGUUUUGAAGACAUUCCAGUGUUCUAUUACUUAAUGUUAUAAAAUAUUAUAAGUUUUAUCAUUUAUAUCAUUUUUGUUUUUGUGGGAGGGGGAGAGGUGGGAAUGAGGGAAAGGGCAUUCUUUUCUUGACAUUGAGUGAUGAAAGUGCAUCAAAGCUACAUGUAUAAAUUACGUGUAAAUUUCUUUUCAAAGAAAGGAUUUCAUAUGACUUUGCAAAAAAAAACAGCAAUUUCAUUUUGUGUCUGUGUAGCGAUGUGUUCAUGAAUCACUAUAUAUUCAUUUGGCAUCRCUAUGAGACAAGACUCCAAGACCAUAUUAUGUCCAUUCCAUUAUCCACAUUCCUUUGUGCGGUCACAUAUGAAAUCUGACCUGUUCUACAUGUGGUGAUGACAAUACUUGUCUGCUCGCUACUUUCAGGAUAAUGAUAUCAGUCAGUAGACCAGUCAUGUAUUCCUAUUUGAAAAGAAACAAAAAUAUUGAAGCUAGAAGUAAGUCAUUCUGUACAUUAUACUGUACGUUUUGUCAAAGUGAAUAUAGCAGGGCUAGAAGCCAGCUGUAUAGCAUUCUUUAAGCUUCAAUUCUUUGUAAAUAAUUAUUGCUCUAUUUAGUGAAUAAAAAGUGCUAAAAAUGGA